GCUGGGCAGUGCACGGCGUGAGGACGCAGCGUUGUGUCUCUCCCUGUCUCCCUCUCUCUCUCUCUCACUCCCUCCCACAACACACUCCCUCACAAAACGCUACCGGCAACACAGUGUGAUUUUCCUGCCUUGUCAGCUAACUGAGAAAAAUAUAAUCGUUCAGUCAUGUCUUACCGCGUGAGUAUGCGGGAAGGAGCCGACAAGCACGUGGCAACCAUGUCCAGGAGGUUUCUCUUCUUCUGGAAGACCAAGGCCAGGACCAAGAAGAAGACCGAAAUAGAAGACUUACCGAAAGUGAAGUAUGUGGCAGCCCCUUCCAACGAGGAGAGUUGCCUGGAUCUGCAGAAGGAACGCAGAGACCUGGACAGCCAGCGUCUUUUGGAGACGCCUACACGUGUUAAGAUUGUGAGCGCCUCCUUCCAAGACGCCGUCACACCUGAGGAGCUCAUAAGGAAGAACGUGCAGGCCAGGACUUCCCUGGAGAUCAAGAUGCUUCUUAAAGAGUCCAUCAACGCUGAACCAGUUCGUGCGCUCUGUGACCAUUUGGACCUGAAGCUGCCAGGGGCUCUGCUCUUCAAGAAGGGAGAAGUGAUUAAGGUGUUGGGUGAGGACGACUCGGGGCUGUGUAGGGGCGUGAUCUUCGACGGCAGCACCAGUGCCCGCACCGGGGUCUUCCCCACCUCGCUGGUGGCUCGACGUGACACAAAAGUUCCCUCUACAAAAGAAAUGCCCAGCACUUCCGGUAUUAAUAACAUGACCAUUGUUGCCCUUCCAAAAUAUGUUUAA